AGUCGCAGCUCGAGCGUGGAAGCGGACCUGGAAGUAACGCAAGGGUGCACCUCUGCAGCAGCUGAAGUAUCACGGAUUCAGAACAUGGAGCUUACUCAGCUGCCGGUCGACGUGCUGGUGAUGGCGAUGCAGUUCCUGGACGUGCCGUCCCUCUUCGCCUGCCGCCUCGUGUGCAAGCGGCUCGCCGACCUGGCCCUGCGCGCCGACGUGUGGCGCCACCAAGGCUUCCGCGGCGGCCGGGACGCCGACGGCACGCCGUGCGCUUGCGCCGUGCUGCGCCUGGCGCCCUGCCUGCGCGUGCUCGGCUUGAGGCUGCCGAUCAGAGGUUGCCGCCGGGCGUAUGCCUCGACCAGCUGCGCCGCGGAGGUGUUGACCCUCCAGGUGGCGGAGGGCCGCACCGCCCUCCAAGCAGCGCAACAGCUGAUCCGCUCGCAGGAGGCGCUGGGCCGGCUCAGGGGCAUUCGCCUCGUGUUCGACGGGGUGCUGGCUCCCACCGAGGCGUCUGCGUUGCUGGAGACGGUUGCGCUGACGACCGGCUUGACGACGCUCGACAUGCUUCCGAGCUACGAGUGCGAGCCCCCGCCGGUGGCCGUCCCCAGCAGCACGUCGUCGUCGUCCAUCAAGCGCUUCCGGUGUGAGCUCCGGCGUGGGACGCUGGACUUUGCGAACUUCGUCCUGGCCGCACACUCAGCCACGCUCGAGAAGGUUGAGUUUUAUACGGUCAGCUUCCUCAAACGCUUGACCUCGAACCUGCUGGGCGGCAUGCCCAACCUCCGCGAGCUGAAGUGCCCCGCCCUCCCGGGGCUGGAGGCCGUGGCGGCUUGCGAGUCACUCCGCGUCCUGGAGCUCAGGGUGCCGCCUGAUCAGCGGUCCGCCGCAUCGGCCGCGAAGCUCCUCCAAGCCUCCGUGCAACUCACCGAGUUGCGUCUAAACUACAUGUUUCAUUUCGGAGGAGCCGACGGCGUCGGCGCGGACCUCGUCCUGGCGCUGGCCUCGUCCGGGCGGUCCCGCGUGCAGGCGCUGACCAUCGAGAACUUCGUCGUGUGUUCCGAGGACGAGUACCCCUACCUGCAGCCGCUGAUCCGCGCUCUGCCCUCGCUGCCGGCGCUGCAGCGCCUCAAGGUGGACGGCAAACCCCACAGGCUGCUGCGCGCCAUCCGCCCCGCCACGGCGCCCGCCCUGCGGAGCGUCGACGUGGGCGCGCUCGCCUACGGCUGCGCGCACGAAUGGGUCCACGGGGUCACGGUGAGGACCGUCAUGUCGGCGAACCCGUCGCUCCACAUGAAGUUUGCGGCGAGCGAGGCCGUGUGUCGGGAUAUCUACGCGUGCAGCGUGUGCAACGCGUGUGCGCGGGGCUGUCACCGGGAGCUCUUGGAGUGCGUCGCGUCGGAACAUGGAGCUGACGGUUACAAUCUUGGCCUCUUCUCUCACGAACCCACGGCGGACUGUUCGCAUAGACACUUUACAGACGACAACUGCCGCUGGGUCCACGUCCCUCAGUCUCGAUGAGAUUUUGUUCUAGAGAAUACGUGCCGACGAUUUGUUUUCACUCUACCCACAAUGAUGGAAAUGGAAAUGUCUAACUGUCACUUCAUUUUGUACUGCAUGUACUUAUGCCUCACAUUAAAAGUUGUGUUUUUAAUUCUUAUACUUCA